ACCGUCGGCCCCCACAUGGAGCACUACCUGCGCUCGCUGCACGGCGCCCCCCCCCUGUCCAUGCUCUCUGCGGCCAGAGGACUCGGCCCGGCAGACUUGGCUCACGAGCAUCUGAAGGAGCACGGGCUCUUCGGCCUCCCCCCUCCCCCCCCCUCUGAGUACUACCACCUGAUGGCCGGCCAGCGGAGCCCCUACGGAGAGCUGCUCAUGCAGGGGGGCGGGGCCACUGGGGGCCACCUGUCCGACUACAUGGCCCCCCUCGACGCCUCCCGGUUCUCCAGUCCCAGGGUGCCCCCCCGGCCGGGCAGGAAGCGCGCCCUGUCCGUGUCUCCGCUGUCGGAGGCCGGCAUCGACCUGCACGCCAUGAUCUGCUCCUCCCCCAGCUCGCUGGUGGCCUACAUCAACAGCUCGCGCUCUUGCUCCGCCUCCAGCAGCUCCUACGGACACCUGUCGGUGGGGGGGUUCAGCCCGUCCUUUCCCUUCCCUCAGCCCAUCAACCCGAUGGCGUACCAGCAGCUUCUCUCUCAGCAUCGAGGGCUCGGCGCCUUCGGCCACACGCCGCCCCUCCUCCAGGCCCCGCCCCCUUUCUGCGGCCCCCAGCCGGCGCCGCUCCACGGCCGCGACCUGCAGACCAAAUAUAAAAGCCCCCCCCCCCAAAUCCCACAGAACCACGGCGGCGAACCGGCGGUCAGCAGCACCGUCGACGCCUCCAUCACCAAGAGGUCAAAGGUGAAGACGGAGGUGGAGCGAUGGAGGCCGCUGUCUCCUUGUUCCCCGGUCCACCGCGGCGCGGCGCCGGACCCGAAGGAAGAGGCGGGGCGGGGCGAGUGCAAGCCGGAGGCCGCGGCGGCGUGCGAGACGCACUGCCGCUGGGACGCCUGCAGCCGGCAGCACGAGAGCCAGGAGCAGCUGGUGCACCACAUCAACAACGACCACAUCCACGGGGAGAAGAAGGAGUUUGUGUGCCGCUGGGACGCCUGCUCACGGGACCAGAAGCCCUUCAAGGCCCAGUACAUGCUGGUGGUUCACAUGCGCCGGCACACAGGGGAGAAACCACACAAGUGCACGUUUGAGGGCUGUUUCAAGGCCUACUCCCGCCUGGAGAACCUCAAAACUCACCUGCGCUCCCACACCGGAGAGAAACCCUACGUCUGCGAGCACGAGGGCUGCAACAAGGCCUUCUCCAACGCCUCGGACCGGGCCAAGCACCAGAACCGCACGCACUCCAGCGAGAAACCCUACGUCUGUAAGCUGCCCGGCUGCACCAAGCGCUAUACGGACCCCAGCUCCCUGCGGAAGCACGUGAAGACGGUCCACGGCCCGGAGGCCCACGUCACCAAGAGGCAGCGCGCCGACCCGCCCCCUCCCAGGCCCCCCCCCGAGGAGGAGGAGGCGGGGAGGCGGGGGAGGUUGGAGCGCGGCUCCACCGGUGGCGUGGAGGACUACCUGCACCUCAGGGGCGUCAAGGCGGAGCCCCCCGUGAUGCAUCAGUCCAGCCCUGGCGGUCACUCAUCAUGUAGCAACGCCUCCAACAACCACAGUGGAGUAAGGACAGCGGCGCACAGCGGGGGAAGCUUGGGGGACCUCAGCGGGGGCGCGGCGGCGGGCCCCCACCUGCGGGAGCGGUUCCUGAGGCCUGUGAAGGGGGAGAAGCUGAAGACGGCGAGCGACUGGUGGCGGUCGGCCCCGCCCCUCGGCACCAAGCUCCCCCACACACCGGCACCCGGGUCUCUCCUCCGGAGCGCUGGUGGUCCGGUGUCCUUCUGUGCUUCCAGUGGUCUGCUGGAAGCUCCUCCAGAGCGCCGCCACAGCACGCCGAGCUCUGUUUACACCCUCAGCCACCGCUCCUCAGGCUCCUAA